AAAUAACAUUUUGGAAGUGUAAUUUGUAAAUUCCUUUGAAUCACUUAGUCUAUUUGUGGUUGAUCAGCUAAAUAUCGUGUCUACAGGUGCCACGCGCCUUUUAAAUUAUUAAUAAGUUCGUGUUGGCUGGGAUGGCAACACUGUAUUCGCCGGCCAUGUUAUGAUAUGCAAAGAAAAAGAAGACUACUACUUGCGUAGACACGUGUUUAAUUUGUGCUGCUACACUCUUAUAGAAAAUUGUGUCAACAUUAGCGGAAAAAUAGUGGAAAUUAUAUAAAAUCGUAAUUCAAGUGUGCACAAAUCAAAAGCAAUUCAAAAACAGUUAAUUCUCCCAAUCGUUCAUAAAGAUUCUUCAAUAUUCAGCGAAAAUGGUAUCCGGUCGUCCUCUACUUUAUCUGUCACUGCCUAGUGUAGCAGUUAUACUUGGCUUGUUUUGGUUUCGGCGUAGAAAUAAAAAUCGCAAUGAUGAUGAGGCGGCCACUGCCAAAAUAGCCGGCAGCAGCGGCAGCAAGGAAGUUGAAGAGCCGGCCAUACAGAAGUGCAAAACCAAUGGAGUGCAACAGCAACAAAAACAACCACAACAGCAACAGAAUGGCAAAUUACCGACUGGACAGGCAAGCAAAUCGAUGAACAUCAAUGGCAAUGUACCAAAUGGCGAUGGCAAUGAGAGUCCCAAUGCGAUGUUAUUUGGCAAGUCGGCACCGAUUAAGAUACAAAGCAAUGGGCGCGCUUCAUCGGGCAAACAUCAGCAACAAAUUGAUUCGGAAAUGCUUAAAUCAAAGAUACAAGAUGCCGAAAACAAGAUACUUUGCUCAAUUGAUGAGGACUUUGAGAAUUUGUCAUCGCCCAGAGAUUUGCCCGAUUCGGUUAACAAUCGUAUUUCGAUACACAAUCGUAAGGCAAUAAGUAAGACCGAGGAACCGGUGGUUAUCAAGGCGACACGCACACCCAAAAUCUCUCCCGAGAACUCCUUCUUCGAGAGCAUGUACACCAAGGAGUGUGAGCAGAACAAUAAUUGCGAGAACAGCAGCAGCAACAUAAGCAAUGGAAAUGUGGAUGACCCCAAAGUGAAUUCCUCUGAGGAGACACAACAAACCGUAGAGAAGUCGCUUAAGUUCGAAAAACCCAUGGAGGAAGAGUUACAACAACAACAUAUGAUUGCCAACGCUGUAGAGCAUGCUGUGGAGUCACAAACGGUUGUCAAAGACACAGACUCCGAUGCCAAUGGCAAUCAGAAGCGCACUGUGGACUCGGCCAGUCCCUCACUGAGCAUUUGCAGUGUACAGUCUGGAGAUUCGGGUAAAGGAUCCAGUCUCCCACGAUCGGAGGCGACCCGUGCCAAGACCUCGUACGAGUUCUUCUUUCCCAACAGUCUGAUCGGCCAGCUUUAUGGACGCAAACGUGCGUUCAUCAAUAAAAUCAAGGUUAAGACUUCGGCGAAUGUGGUGCUCAGCAAGACUCGUUACUCAGGCAAGGUGCGCAUCUGCACCAUUGAGGGCACUGAGAAUGAAAUUGAUGCUGCCUUGGAGUUAAUACGCCAACGUUUGCCAGCCGGACGCUAUCCAAAUUUCACAAUGCAAAGAAUCCACUAUGCGCUUCCUCAAACCAUAGUUCCUCUGUCGCCAGAGAGCCUCAUCAAUAUGCAACUUAAACUGAUCGAGGGCAUCAAUAAUGAUGUGGCUGUGACUACGGUGCUUUCGGGCUCGCACUUAUUUGUGCACCACCCCCUGCAUCCUUCACACCCAACGCUGCCCGUGCUACAGAAGAGCCUCUACGACAGCUACUUUAACAUGGAAGCACCCGUGUUGCCGAGCAUUGAGAUCAGUGCCGUUUGUGUCAUGCCCGUUAAUGGGGUAUGGUAUCGCGUGCAAAUCGUCGAUAUUGAUUCUGAGGAUGAGGAGCGCUGCGUCGUCAAAUUCCUGGACUUCGGCGGCUAUAUGAACGUCAAUUUCAGCGAGCUGCGACAAAUCCGCACGGACUUUAUGACAAUUCCAUUCCAGGCAACAGAAUGUAUAUUGUCCAACAUAGAGCCUGUCGACAAAACCUGGUCGGUCGAGGCGGCUGAUAUCCUCAAUCAACUUACCAAAGGCAUUGUCUUGCAAGCACAAGUCGCCGGCUACAAUAGCCAUAAUAUACCAGAAAUAUAUUUAUUUGCUACUUUAGGUCCAAAUAAUGUCAUAUUUAUCAAUAAGGAGCUUGUCGCCAGAAAUCUCGCACGAUGGGUGGAGAUGCGUGACUAACAGCAUUCGUGAACAACAACUAGUAGCAAGUAAAACUAAAUUUGUGGCAGCAAAACCAACAACAGCAACAACAACUGCAACACCCUAAACAAACCAACCAAAACAGCAACAAUAAACUUGAGUCCUAAGGGGGUCGGUCAGAGGCCAUUUUGCACAUGAAAAUAUGACCGAUUCGAUCAAUCUGAUGAUCACAAAUGACCGGUCACAAAAUUAUGAAAGAUUGUGGAAUAUGGCUGCGCUGAGAAAGCCAAUAGUUACAUGCAUAUAUAGGUAUAUACAUACACUUACUAACACUCAUACGCAUACACACACUCACGCCUACACUAACCCGCACAUUUAGAUUCAUGCAUACAUAUAUAGACUAUGUAUCUGUAUAUAUAUUGUGUGUGUGGCCAUAACAACAACAAAUGCCAACAAAGAGAUGUGAAUUGCAUGAGAAUCGGCGAUGGCUUUAAAUCCAGAUAUAGGCUGCUAACUAACCAGCUGUAAUUAGGCUUUGACUUUUACUCGGCAACUAAAUUGAUGGGUGACCUUUAUUUUUUGUUUUGGUUUUGGUUGCACCCCCCCACCCAAGGUUGAGGAACCAACGAACCGCUUAAGAUAUUACCAUACUCAGUUUAUAAGUAGAGUUAGAAGUGUAAAUAAUUUCCUUUUAUAAAAUUAACGGGGUUAUAUAGCAACAGCACCAACUACAAAACCAACAAACUAUAAUUUUAUCAAAUAAUUAACAAAGAUAAACAAGAGUCAAAGCAAAUGCAUUGUUGUGCUACACACAUAGCUAGCUCAUGCAUAAUUACACACGCAAACACAUCUACACACACCUACACACACCUACACCCACACACAGACAAAAGCAACAUCAAUUGUGAAUUUUGAGAGAUUGUUUCAUAUGUGUACAUAAAUAUAGGCUUUUAUAUAAAUGUAUAAGUAACUAUGCUAUGCAAAAUUUGUAUUUCUUAUUAUAUAUAUUGUGUCCUAUUUUUUUGUUGUAAGUUUUUAUUUCUCAAAUGAAUUCAUUUCGUUUUUACUCAGA